UUUCGCAUGACAUGAGAAAAAGUUCAAUCUACACCAUUAUUUGACAUAUAUCUGAUUAUUACCACAAAAAUAAUGUCAGAAGCAUCCGGCGUAUCUGCCGAGGCUCUCAAGGUCAAAAUUACAGAUUUACUAAAUGCAAGCUAUGUUGAAAUUGAAGACAUGUCAGGUACGAAUAUUUUCUCCUGCCCCGCAAUACCCCCGCCAUACUGAUUGAUUCUGGUCGACAGGUGGUUGCGGCCAGGCAUUUUCGGCAGUCAUUGUCUCGCCACAAUUCGAGAAGAAGACUACAUUGGCAAGGCAUCGGCUGGUAAAUGGAGCUUUGAAGUCGGAGAUUGCGGCCAUUCAUGCCUGGACUCCGAAGUGCUACACGCCAGAACAAUGGCAGAAGCAGAAGGACGAUGGUAAGGAGGCGGUUGCGCCAGGAAAGAAUACCACUGGCGAGGUUGUGGAUGGGACCACUGCUUGAAGGGCAAAAGGGAUCGGAGUUCUGGCACAGAAUAUACCUACACUAUGGCUUCCGGGGUGGUGGGAGUAAAUGGAUAGGAAGGAAUGAGUCCCUAGGUAAUAAUGGAGGGACGUGGGUGGUAUACCAAGGAGUCAUUGAGAAGGCAUAAACUCAUAUGUGAUUG